AUGAGGAGGGACGAACGAGACGCCAAAGCCAUGCGGUACCCGCAGCCUCUGGACGGGGCCGGCUCGCCCUCGGAGAGCCAGAGGAACGGCUACGUGAAGAGCUGCGUGAGCCCCCUGCGGCAGGACCCUCCGCGCGGCUUCUUCUUCCACCUCUGCCGCUUCUGCAACGUGGAGCUGCUGCUGCCCCCGCCGGCCUCCCCCCAGCAGCCGCGGCGCGGCUCCCCCUUCUCCCGGGCGCGCCUCUCGCUGGGCGCCCUGGCCGCCUUUGUCCUCGCCCUGCUGCUGGGCUCGGGGCCGGGGAGCUGGGCUGCGGGGGCCGCGCUGCUGCGGACCUUGCUGAGCGUCUGCUCGCACAGCCUCAGCCCCCUCUUCAGCAUCGCCUGUGCCUUCUUCUUCCUCACCUGCUUCCUGACCCGGACCAAGCGGAGCCCCGGGCCGGGCCGGGCCGCCGGCGGCUCCUGGUGGCUGCUGGCGCUGCCCGCCUGCUGUUACCUGGGGGACUUCUUGGUGUGGCAGUGGUGGUCCGCGCCGUCGGAGGACCGGGACGCAGACGUGCCCGCGCCCCUGGCUCCCCUGGCCACGUUGGGCAGGUUGUUCUUGGUGCUGAGCUGUGUGGGUUUGCUGACGCUCGCGCACCCGGUGAGGCUCCAGCACAGCAUCCUGGUGCUGCUCUUUUCCAGCUGCGUCUGGUGGGUGUCCGUCAGCAGCCUGGACUCGCUGCCUGCCGUGCUCAGGCCACUGAUGUCCGGCCUGGUGGGGAGCGCUGGCUGCCUGCUGGCCCUGGGGCUGGAUCACGUCUUUCAUAUUAGGGAAGCCCCUCAACGGCCUCGCGCGUCCAGCUCCGCGGAAGAAAAAGUGCCUGUGAUCAGACCCCGGAGGAGGUCCAGCUGCGUGUCCCUCGGAGAGACGUCCGCCAAUUACUACGGCAGUUGCAAAAUGUUCAGGAGACCGUCGUUGCCUUGUAUUUCCCGAGAACAGAUGAUUCUUUGGGAUUGGGAUUUAAAGCAAUGGUACAAGCCUCAUUAUCAGAAUUCUGGAGGUGGAAAUGGAGUUGAUCUGUCAGUGCUAAAUGAAGCUCGCAAUAUGGUGUCAGAUCUUCUGAUUGACCCAACCCUUCCUCCACAAGUGAUUUCGUCACUACGGAGUAUCAGCAGCUUGAUGGGUGCUUUCUCAGGUUCCUGUAGGCCAAAGAUUAAUCCUCUCACACCAUUUCCUGGAUUUUACCCUUGCUCUGAAAUAGAGGAUCCAGCUGAGAAAGGAGACCGAAGACUUCACAAGGGGCUAAGCAAUAGGAGCAGUUUACCCACACCACUGCUGAGGAGGAGUUCAGGAACUUCAGGUCUGCCACCUAUUGAGCAGGCUUCUUCAAGGUGGGAACGUAAUAGUGGCAAAAGACCUCAUCAAGAAUUUGGCAUUCCAAGUCAAGGAUACUAUCUAAAUGGACCACUUAGUUCAAACCUACUGACAAUCCCGAAGCAAAGGUCUUCUUCUGUAUCAUUCACUCAUCAUAUAAGUCUGAGAAGAGCUGGUACUUUAUCUAGCUUGAGUCCUGUGAAUUCUCCCAGCCACGGACCAGUGUCUCCUGGUCCCCUAAGUAAUCAAUCUCCCAUAGAAUUUCCUGAUACUGCUGAUUUUCUAACUAAGCCAAGUGUUACUUUGCAUAAAUCUUUGUGUAAUGCACCCAGUACACCAGAUUUUUAUCAGCAACUUAGAAAUGCAGACAGCAAUCUUUGUAACAGCUGUGGACAUCAAAUAUUGAAGUGUGUUGCAACUUCUGAAUCAGAAGCUGGCACAGACUGCCACAGUGGAAAAUCAGGUGAAGAAAAAAGUACCAUUUUCUCAAAAGAUCCAUUCAGACGUACAGAAAUGCAACAAGAAGAGAAAAUAGAGAAGAGAGACUGCAAACAGUUAUUCCUGGAAGGUGAUAAUCAACUAAGAGAAGAGGCACAGAACCAACAACUAUCAAAUACUGAACAGGAAUCAUCAUUGGAAUUGAUUCUAAUAGAAGACCAUGACUCACUAAUAGAAAAGAUGAGCAACUGGAAUUUUCAAAUUUUUGAACUGGUAGACAAGAUGGGAGAUAAAUCGGGAAGGAUUCUCAGCCAGGUUAUGUAUACCUUAUUUCAAGACACUGGCCUUUUGGAGAUAUUUAAAAUUCCCACUCAACAAUUCAUGAACUAUUUUCAUGCAUUAGAAAAUGGCUAUCGAGAUAUUCCCUAUCACAAUCGGAUACAUGCCACGGAUGUCCUGCAUGCAGUUUGGUAUCUGACAACACGGCCAAUUCCUGGUUUUCAGCAGACACACAAUGAUCAUGGAACAGGAAAUGAAGCAGAUUCUGAUGACAGAAUUAACUCUGGGCAAAUUGCUUACAUCUCAUCGAAGAGUUGCUCUAUUCCGGAUGAGAGCUAUGGCUGCCUGUCUUCCCACAUCCCUGCCCUGGAAUUGAUGGCUCUGUACGUGGCAGCUGCUAUGCAUGAUUAUGACCACCCAGGACGAACGAAUGCCUUUCUAGUGGCUACGAAUGCCCCUCAGGCAGUUUUGUACAACGACAGAUCAGUUCUUGAAAAUCAUCAUGCUGCGUCAGCUUGGAAUCUGUAUCUUUCUCAUCCCGAGUACAACUUUCUUCUUAAUCUUGAUCAUGUGGAAUUCAAGCGCUUCCGUUUUUUAGUCAUUGAAGCAAUCCUUGCCACAGAUCUUAAAAAGCAUUUUGAUUUCCUUGCUGAAUUCAAUGCCAAGGCCAAUGAUGUAAAUAGUAAUGGUAUUGAAUGGAGCAAUGAAAAUGAUCGCCUCUUAGUGUGCCAGGUAUGCAUCAAACUAGCAGAUAUCAAUGGCCCAGCAAAAGUUCGGGACUUGCAUAUGAAAUGGACAGAAGGCAUUGUGAAUGAAUUUUAUGAGCAGGGAGAUGAAGAAGCAAAUCUUGGUUUGCCCAUUAGUCCCUUCAUGGACCGUUCCUCUCCUCAACUAGCAAAACUCCAAGAAUCCUUUAUCACCCACAUAGUGGGUCCCCUGUGUAAUUCCUAUGAUGCUGCGGGUUUGCUACCUGGCCAGUGGAUUGAAGCAGACGAGGAUGAUACUGAAAGUGAUGAUGAGGAAGAAGAUGGUGACGAAUUAGAUACAGAUGAUGAAGAAAUGGAAGACAGUCUAAAUCCUAAAGCACAAAGAAGGAAAGGCAGACGGCGAAUAUUUUGCCAAGUAAUGCACCACCUCACAGAAAACCAUAAGAUAUGGAAGGACAUCAUCGAGAAAGAAGAGAAAUGUAAAGCUGAUGGGAGUAAACUGCAGGUGGACAGUUCUUCCUUACCUCAAGCAGAUGAGAUCCAGGUCAUUGAAGAAGCAGAUGAAGAGGAAGAGCGACAGUUUGAAUAA